UUCCUUCAUACACUGCAAACAGCAUUGUGGGCUUAUUCAGAAUCCACUCAUGAAUGGAAGGAGUGUCACGCCACAUGUGUUUAUUUCUGUGUUUGGGACGUCCCACCGCCUCCCUCUCCAUCCCAUCUCCUUCCUGAGCGCUCCUAUAAAAAUCCCGGGAAUCCCAACCGUGCAGCAGACUUUAAAGUGUUUCCACACCGAGCAUCCAGGAUGACAGGGAUUACUCUGAUCCUUUUGUUUCUUGCGCUUCCUCUUUACCACACAGAGGAACAUGCUGUUAAUGAGCUGUACACCCUGAUAGAAAAAGGUCAGAGCAGCUUUGUGGAUCCAGUUCUAAGCAACCAGAGCCGGCUGCUGGUUAAAGAACCCUCCCUGCCCAUCAACGAGCUCAUAGAGAAGAGCAGCAAGACCAGCGAGUCCAAAUUCAACCUUCAUCCUCUCCCAGCCGCUGUGUGGCCGAAGCACAGCGACCUGGCCCCCAUCCCUCGCCAUCACAGCCCCCACAACAAGAGCAAAAAGGGCCCCAAGAUCGACCGCCUGGUGGAGCACAACAGCGAGAAGAACAGAGGGGAAGUGAUCGGUCUGCUUCCCAAAACACCGCUGACAGCAGCUGCAGGCUCUGCUGUAAACCGCACAGUGCAGAAAACCAACCAGGAGGUCCAACCCAAUGUCAGUCCACCUCAGCAGACCGAGCCGGAGGGACACCCCAACUCCAGAGCCAGGCCUCCACCUCACACCCAGCCUCCAGCUCAGCCGCCACAAACCGCUGCUUCUCCUCCACGCAGGGAUCCCCCCAACCGGAGGAUGGACCCGGAGGAGAACCGGCCGGGGAAGUCCAGCCUCUACCAGUCUGGUAUCGGUGCUGCGACCAGGAACAACAGCCGCCCACCAGUGAUCUUCAACCGGCGCUCCUCCAGCCUGCUGUACCAGUUUGACAUCCUGAGGCGAGCAGAGUCCGACUUCACACAUGACGCCUUCUGCAUGAGCGAGUGCAGGAAGGAGAAGGAGGAGAGAGAGUAUUACUGCCACAGCGAGUUUGCUGUCAAUGGGGUCGUCCAUGACAUUGAUGUGCUGCGGAAAGGAAUACGGCUCAUCACGCUGAUGGUCAGCAGCGACGGCUUCUACAAGAUGAGUCGUCUGUAUGUGACCCCAGACAGCUUCUUCUUCAAAGUUCGCCUUCUGGUCUUGGAUACCUACAAGUGCAGCAAACCUUGUCCCGAUAUCAAACUUGGAACCAGAUACAUUAUAAUGGGUCAGAUCUACCACCGGAGGCGUCAUCUUCCCAGUGACCUCCUGAACCUGCUGGGUGGUAAACUGAAGCCUGGGGACGGCCUGCUGCGAAGCAACAACUAUGUCAAGAGGUUCAACAAACGGAGGCACCAGAAAGCUCUGGACGCCACCCGCUCCAGGUGUAGGUGAACCACACACAGGACUAAAGCCCCUCGAUGCAGGGGAAGAGACACUGUGGCUGAACUGAUCUUAACUAACCUCUCAGUAUUGUGCAAGACAGAAGAUGUGUUGCAGGAGGAAGGCAUGGAUUUACUCUCAUAUGGACUGCUAUGACGUAUCAUAAUACUGGCAAUUUUUUUUAACUUAUCUGUUAAGUUCCCAGAGUGCAGACGUGUGGUUUCUUUGACCGAAAACACAAGCAGCUUUAAUUAAAAUGAUGAUUUGUAACAUUAGGGGCACCGAACACCUAUUAGCCUGCUGUUAUCUUCCCAAAAUAGCAACUCCAUUCAAACUCCUCAUUCACUCAUGGCUGGUUCAUGAAGUCCCUGAAUUAAUAGGAUAUCAAACAAUGGUUCACUUUUAAAGUUUGAUUCAACAUUAUUAUACAGAAUGGCAAUCUUUCAUCUUUUUACUUUUUUAGUUCUCCAUUUCAAACAGCAAACCAACUACAUAACAAAUCUUGUAUUUUCUAAUUGGUGUCAAAGCACACUCCUAUAUUUAACAUUCAAAUCAACACAUUGUUGCCCAUGUUUUUUAGAAGUGAUUGUUUUCUGGAAUAAUCACAGAUUCUAUAUUAGUUUCAUGAAAAUUCUCAUUACUUUGAUUGUAAUAACACUUCUCAAAUGAUAUGAAUGCAAAAUAUUGUUUUGCACUGAACAAUAUUAGUAGACGUGUGCAUAAUGACAUUGUGGGUGAUAUUCGUGAACAGGAAAUGCACUAUUAAACGAGGGAAUUAAGGGCCUGAAAAAGCAACAACAAACCCCAGUGGAGGAGACAGAGGAGGGAGGAAAAGGAGGAAGAGAAGAAGUUUUCUUGUCAUGAGAGCAGCUUAUUUUUCUAGCUUCAAUUAUGUGUCCACGAUGAAAUGUCUGCCCGGGACAUCAAAAGGGGGCCUUGCUGAAUGAGGAGGAGGUGUGGUUUUGUUGGGACUAAGCCAUAAAUCUAAUCGCAGGAAUCUGAUCCUCGGCACACCUGGACACAUGACCCGAAAAUUGCCUCCUUCACUGCACCUUUUAGGGAUGACUCGUGGUUUCACGAACAUGCACUCCUUUACGAACGCUCGAAAGGGGGUAUUUAAAGUAUGUAGGCAGGAUCAGAGGAAAAGGGGAGGCAGGGGCAAGGUGGAGGAGGAACUGAAGCAGUAGAGGGUGUGUUGGGUCUGCUUUUCCAAAGGGAUAGCUUCUUAUUUAAUCAAAAAUCCCUGGCUUGAUUGUAGUACGACCCUGAGCUCAUGCUUCUUACGAAAGGGAAAAGAUUUGCACUGAAUGCUUACACUGCUUUACUAAACAUGAACUCAAUAAAAAUGUGUAUUUGUUUUGUA